AUGAUGUUAUGGACAUUAUUAUUUAAUAUCUUCAAUAAGAAUUAAUAAAUAACUAAAUAUUUAAUUAUUUCAUAAGACUACUAUAGAUAAUGUGAUCAUUAGAUAUUUCUGCAUAGUAUUUUAUAAAAGGUAAAUUGUUAAACUUAUAAGUCUAUCUAGCUAAAUUUAAAGCUACUUUAGAAUAAGCUUAAUUAGAGACUAGAAUUAACAUAUCUCAAUAAUGAAUUAACUACACUCGAAACGAAAGCCAAAGAAGAUUAGGUUGGACUGAAUAGUAGAGGCUUUAAUGAUGCUUAAGCAAGAUUAGACUUUAAAAAAUAUAAAUUUACUACUAAAUACUUAGAUUACAAUGAUACCCUAUUAGUAUAUAAAGAAGCUUAGAGAUUAUUAUUGAAUUUAAGAGGAGAAUGA